GACACACGUGAGGUUAGUCAUGGGGAAGUGCUCACAGAACGAGGCAGGGGCUUAUAGAGAGACAGACUGCUACACAAAAGGAACCAGCCUUGUGUCCCAUGUUGAUCCAGACUGCUUUAAGGCUAUUUAGGUACUAAUUAUUUGCCCUUUCUUGGAAGCCCUUGGGGUUUAUAAAUAUUAACGAAUGGAGCCUCACCACACUCCCAGGAGGUAGAUAAGUCUAUUGUCCCAUUUUACAGAUUGGGAAACUAGGCAAAACAGGACAGAUCUUCAGCUGGUGUAAACCACUGCCUUCAAUGCCAAUUUAUGCCAGCUAAGGAUCUAGAAAUGAUGGGCCUGCUCCUGUGAGGUGGUGGGUGCCCCUACCUCCCCUGGACUUCAGGGGAAGUCCCAAGAGCUCAGCCUCCCACAGGGUCACACCUACACUAAGGGUGUAAACCUGAGGGGUCAGUCAUUAGCAAAACUGUGCAUCUUCGAAAGAGCACAACGCAGAGCACUGCCCUGACCAAGUCAUUGGGGGACCAGACUGUGAACCCCUGACUCAUAACAGAGCAGUUACUCGCACAAGGAGCUGUGACUUCAAUAAGACUAGUUGUGUGCACAUGGUUUCUCAUGUUACCUAGUUCCAUAAUUAUAACUGGCUGUACUAGCACAGCAUCCUUGGCAAGUCAAACAUCUGUAUUAAUAAUAGUUUGCACUUAUAUAGCUCCUUUCAUCUGUGGAUUUCAAAGCACUGUACAAAACGGGUCAAUAUUAUCUCCAUUUUACAAAUGGGGAACUGAGUCACAGAGCGGCUAAAUCAGUUGCAGAGCUGGGAUUAGAAGUCAGUCUUUCUAACUCCCCCUUCCCCACUCUCGCUGCUAGACCAUGUUAGGCUGCUUAUAUCUUUAACUCCUUACGGUGCCCACUGAGAAAAGCUUUGAGAUCUUUAUGACAUCACAAUACCUUUCUUGAAAGCAAACGCCACUGGCUGAUGAUGUCACCAGCCGACAACUUCUCUGGCACUCAGGACUGGAGCUUGGUCCCAAGCCACGAAACGCCAGGGUGGAGGGUUUCAUUUGCUUAAAAUCCAUCCAAGGCACUACAGUAUGAACUUUAAAGACUAUUUGCUACUGGAUCUCUGGCUGCAGUUGGUACAUGCUGACAAUCAAGUCACUGGAGACCUUUCCUCUUAAAAAAAGACCAUGUUUGUCCGAGGCGCCUCCCUAGUCUUUCCUGUCUGGAUUGUCGUCUUGUUCCAAGACAGCCUCUGCCUUUGUGAUCGCCCAAGCUGGGUCAGAGUUGGAUGGGAAAUUCUUCCAGAGGAUCUGGAGCAACUGCAGCUUGGAACUCCGCUUCAAUCUAACUGCCUGCCCUACCCUCUGGACCAACUGUCUCACUGCUUUACUCACCUGGAAAUAGCCAAAGGAUGCUUGGAGGUUCUGUGUGCCAGCUGCAAAGUUAUACUUUUCCUCCUAGGGGGCUUAUGUGUACGCUGUCUUUGGAGCAAAUUGAGAAGACCGCAAAAGAAGGUGUCUGUGGAGACCUCUUCCGUUUCUGUCACGACAGAAUUUCAUGCUGAGUGCACCUGCAACGUCGACAAAAUGCUCUGCAGGCUGGUGGCAAACACGUCUAUCAUGAUGAAAUACCUGAAGUACGUAUGCCACCAUCAUAGGAAAGAAGCCAGGCACCGGAAGUUAAGUAAGAAGAGGAAGGAAGAAGAAAUUAAGGAUGAAGAGAUCUUCCCUAUUUGUCCGUACAGCCACAGCUCCAGCAUGGAUACUGUGAUGCACGAAGUAUAAGCGAAAGGACUCCUCAGACAACAAUCAUAUUUUCGUGCGCUAAUAAUUGUUUAUACAUAUUCUUUGCUAAGAUAUUGCGAAGGCAGGAGAGUGGGGAGGUCAAGGACUGAGCCAAUCUGAAGUCGAUGGCUGUUUGUUUGAAUGUUUAUCUAAUGAUGACAGUUUGAGAGUUGAACGCUGUCCAUGUUCCCGUGGACAAGGUGGGGAAGCAGGAGGGGAGAAAGAGGGACUAUUAAAAAAAGUCUUUCAGAAGCAUGGUGACAGCGGUUUGAAUUUGGAAUGUCAGUAAAAUAACAUUGUACUGGGCAGA